CGCGCUCACAGGGCGGCCUCCUCGCCCUCUCCGAAGGGAACCGUGAGGUGGCAGGGCGGCUCCCCGUGGCGGAGGGAUCCCCUUCCGGGCCUCCUUUGCGGCGGAGGGAUCCAUUCGAGGCCCCAUCUUGGCUCCGCUGGGGCGGCCGGGCGGGGGGGAGGCUCGGCAGCGGCGGCGGCGGGCAUCAUCAUGGACGAGGCCUACGACGUGAUCGUGCUGGGCACCGGCCUGACCGAAUGUAUCCUUUCGGGCAUUAUGUCUGUGAAUGGCAAGAAGGUCUUGCACAUGGACCGGAACCCGUAUUAUGGGGGCGAGAGCUCGUCGAUUACGCCCCUGGAUGAGCUCUACAAGCGCUUUGAGAUUGCUGAAUGCCCCCCUGAAUCAAUGGGCCGUGGCCGGGACUGGAAUGUUGACCUGAUCCCUAAAUUCCUCAUGGCCAACGGCCAGCUGGUGAAGAUGCUGCUGUAUACAGAAGUGACACGCUAUCUAGACUUCAAAGUGGUGGAGGGCAGCUUCGUCUACAAGGCAGGAAAGAUCUACAAGGUGCCGUCUACGGAGACUGAGGCUCUAGCGUCCAAUCUCAUGGGUAUGUUUGAGAAGCGCCGCUUCCGCAAGUUCCUGGUCUUUGUGGCAAACUUUGACGAGAACGACCCGAAGACGCUGGAAGGAGUGGAUCCGCAGAGCACCACCAUGCGCGAGGUCUAUCGACGCUUUGACCUAGGUCAGGAUGUCAUUGACUUCACGGGUCAUGCGCUGGCGCUCUACCGCACUGACGACUACUUGGAUCAGCCCUGCUUGGAGACCAUCAACCGCAUCAAACUAUACAGUGAGUCGCUGGCCCGCUAUGGCAAAAGCCCUUACCUCUACCCCCUCUACGGUCUGGGAGAGCUCCCGCAGGGCUUCGCCAGGCUCAGCGCUAUCUACGGUGGCACCUACAUGCUCAACAAACCAGUGGAUGAGAUUGUCAUGGAAGGCGGCAAGGUGGUUGGGGUCAAAUCAGAAGGAGAGGUGGCUCGCUGCAAGCAGUUGAUCUGCGACCCCAGCUACGUGCCAGACCGGGUGCGCCCAGCAGGGAAGGUGGUUCGUGUCAUCUGUAUUUUGAGCCAUCCCAUCCGAGGCACCAACGAUGCCAAUUCCUGUCAGAUCAUCAUCCCCCAGAACCAAGUAGGACGCAAAUCUGAUAUCUACGUCUGCCUCAUCUCCUCUGCCCAUAACGUGGCUGCCCAGGGCAAGUACAUUGCCAUCGCCAGCACUACAGUGGAGACGGACUCUCCCGAGGCUGAAGUGCAGCCGGCCCUCGAACUGCUGGAACCCGUUGACCAAAAGUUUGUGGCCAUCAGUGACAUCUAUGAACCGACUGACGAUGGGACUGAAAGUCAGGUAUUCUGCUCGCGAUCGUAUGAUGCCACCACUCACUUUGAGACGACAUGCGAUGACAUCAAAGACAUUUACCGGCGCAUGGCGGGGGCCCCCUUUGACUUUGAGAGCAUGAAGCGGCGCCAGAACGAUGUCUUUGGCGAGGAUGAGCAGUGACCACUCCCCAUCUUUUCCUUCCCUGUCCUUUCCCUAGUUUUUCCCAUGCAAGGGACCACACUCCCACGCUGGACUGGCGCUGUCCCACACAUCACCCCAAGACUGACUCUUUCCCCUCCCCCCAAAUCCUCAUUCAGUGGGGCCAGAUUUCUCUCAACUGGGACCAGUCACCUUACAUCACCUGGGGGGUGGGGGUGGGGGAUGUUUCCAGCUUGCUUUUCUUUCCUGCCUCUCGGAGCCAGACUUCCCAAUGGUUGAUGUGGGAUCAAAGUUGGUAAAAUCCUGAAUCCUUCUGGGAUUCAUCUCCUGAUGCCCGUUCAGAUCCUGUAGGGAUUUAGGGCCAGCCCGCACAUUUCCUGUUGGCACCUGAAUUUAAACCCCAGCAAUUCCGCUCCCCCAGUAAAAAAAACCAAGGGUGAUUUAGAAGGUGGGGGGUGGGAAAAAAGUAACUUUCCCCAGGAUGCUAGCUUUUCAACUUCGACACCCUCCUCCUUGCUCAGUUUUUUCCACACUGGGUUCCAGAAGCUUGUUUUUAAGGACAGUGCCCGUCUCACAAGUAGGUGGGGAAGGGGUGUGUUAUGACAGUGGGUAGAGAAAGCAUCCCUCUCGCUAAAAAGAGAAAUUGCUGGGGAUAAACACCCCAGAGAAAUGUUAUCAUUUAGUUCUCACUUCCCCUGCUAAUCUAAAACCCCAUCAUGCCGUCUCCAUCUCACCCUCACGCCUGCUGUGCCCUCGACCGUUAAGUACCUCACCAUUCCCCCUCCUGAACCGAUCCCAGUAUCCUGGCUUCUUCCUUUACUGCUGAUAAACUCUUUCCGGACCAAUGUCUGUAUGCUGAGCCUUCUUAACCUUUGUUUAUCGUGAUCGUGUCACGAGCCUUUGAUUCCUCUGCAGCGAGAGGAGACUGGAGUGGCGCCCUCUUUCCUGUGAGGAUUUGGGAGCAUGAAGAAGCAUUUUGGAACAUCUCAGCCACACGUGCACCUGAAGCCAGUCCUCCGCCCUGCCCCCCCCCCCCCGCCCCCACCCGUACCACUUCAGGUUCCCUAUGUUUGUCUUGCAUCCAUUUUGUCCCUCUCAAUCCCUCCUAGUUCCUUUUAGCCUACAGUGUGAGAAGAUUUGUGUGUGUGUGUGUGUAUGUGUCUCUCGUGUGCUGGACCAUAGGGACAAGGUGGUGGUUCCGUGUGUGUUUCCCCUCCUCCCCCCUUGCUGCCACCUGCUGUAACUUAUUGUAACUUAUUAAUAAAGCAGGUCCAGCUUUCUGUCGACACUCCUUACAAUUAACGAGGUGUGGACGGGGGCUCGGCCCUGGCGGGAGCGGAGAAACCUAAGGCAUGCUUUCUGCCAGAGGCCUUUUUCCUCCUGAAGCUGGCUUUGUGGUUAACAAUCUGUAACUCUAAGGGGACCUGAGGGGGUUAUCUCCCUCUACCCCACAGCUGCUCAGUUGUCUCAAGAUAAUAAAUUCACUUAGUCUGUU